AUGGAUUCAACAAACAUCUUUCUCUACUUACUAGUAUCUUCUUUUCUUUUGUUAAUUUUCCAUCUCCUACGCACCACCACCCGCCGGAAACUCCACCUGCCACCGGGAAACCUUGGCCUCCCUUUUCUCGGGGAGACCCUCCAGCUCAUCUCGGCCUACAAGACAGAAAACCCAGAGCCCUUCAUCGACGACAGGGUCUCCAAAUAUGGCACCGUUUUCACAACCCAUGUCUUCGGAGAACCAACCGUUUUCUCCGCCGACCCGGAUAUCAACAAGUUCAUUUUGCAGAACGAGGGCCGGAUUUUUGAGUCGAGUUACCCUGGUUCAAUUUCCAACUUGCUAGGAAGGCAUUCUUUGCUUCUCAUGAAAGGGAGUUUGCAUAAAAGAAUGCAUUCACUCACUAUGAGCUUUGCAAAUUCUAUGAUAAUUAGAGACCAUUUGUUGGUGGAUAUAGACCGGCUGGUCCGGUUGAACAUGGAUGCGUGGACCGGUCGGGUCCUCCUAAUGGAGGAGGCCAAGAAGAUCACUUUCCAGCUGACAGUGAAGCAACUGAUGAGUUUUGAUCCCUGUGAAUGGACUGAGAAUCUGAUGAAAGAAUACAUGCUAGUCAUUGAAGGAUUCUUCACUAUUCCUCUACCAAUAUUUUCCACCACAUAUCGCAGAGCCAUCCAAGCAAGAGGAAAGGUGGCGGAGGCGUUGGGAUUGGUGGUGAGGGAGAGAAAGAAGGAGACUGAGAAAGGAGACAGAAAAAACGACAUGUUGGCGGCGUUGCUAGACGAAGAAGGCGAUAGCGGUGGAGGGUUCUCCGACGAGCAAAUAGUUGAUUUUAUGCUGGCUUUGUUGGUGGCGGGUUAUGAGACCACUUCAACAAUUAUGACUCUAGCUGUUAAAUUCCUCACUGAGAACCCCAGUGCCUUGGCUCAACUCAAGGAAGAGCACGAUGAGAUCCGGGCAAGGAAAGGCGAAGAGGAGACUCUUCAAUGGGACGAUUACAAAUCUAUGAGUUUCACCCAAUGUGUCGUGAAUGAAACUCUUCGAAUAGCUAACAUAAUUAGUGGAGUAUUCAGAAGAGCAAUGAGGGAUGUCAGUAUCAAAGGUUAUACAAUUCCAAAAGGAUGGAGAGUCUUUGCUUCUCUUCGAGCUGUACACAUGGAUCACGACCACUUUAAAGAUGCUCGCACUUUUAAUCCAUGGAGGUGGCAGACAAAUUCAGGAAGUAGUAGCUGCAGCUCAGUAAAUGUAUUUUCACCAUUUGGUGGAGGGCCAAGGCGUUGUCCAGGGGCCGAACUUGGUCGAGUCGAGCUUUCAGUUUUCCUUCACCACAUGGUCACUCGAUUUAGUUGGGUAUUGGCAGAACAAGACAAGCUAGUUUUCUUCCCAACAACGCGGACUCAAAAGCGGUAUCCGAUAAUAGUUCAACGCAGAAAUCCAGUAGAAGCAAACUCGUAG